AUGGUGAUCGGAUGUUUUCAGUACGCUGUGUGCGAGUGCGGCCGGGAGGGCUACCUGGACGCGGACUACGGGCCGAUGGUGUGCCAAGCAUGCAAGAAAGAGUUCAUCGACGCGCUGAACAACCUCCAAAAAGACCAAGAAACAGGCGAACGCGUCGUUUGCCUCCUCAAUUGUGGGCCCGACGAUGCCUGCAGCUUCCAUCGAGUCUUGCGUUGCGAAGCUCGCGGAUUUCGCGAGGACCUGAUCAAGCGCCGAAAG